GUGUGUGUGUGUGUGUGUGUCGCCCUCCCCUCCUUUUUCAACAUGGCCGCUGUGUCUACUCUCUCCAGUGACGCUCAGAUCCGAGGCUGACUCGGUUUCCACUCGACUCUGCCUCGCAACUUCAGCGCGGACGGCGACUUCACGCGGAUGCGAAUCGCGUUGUCCACGCGCUCGUUUCCCGCGCCUUGUUUCAGUGGAAUAACCUUCAGCAGCCUCCUCCUCCUCCACCGGGCCUGUGUUUUUUUUAACCCCCAAAACAAGCAGCAGUCACGGCUAACAACAGCUCCAGCGGUGCCAUGGUCUGAGGAGCCGCACUCACUUUUCCGCUUCAUGAACAAUGUGUGAAAACUGCGCCGAGCUGGUGGAGGUGCUCAACGAAAUAUCAGAUGCAGACGGCAGUGAAGGUGGUUUCCAGCUGAAGAAGGAACAUGCUCUGCGAGUUCUGGGCUACAUCAGCUCCUGGACUCAGAGACAAUGUCUCUGCUGCUUCAAGGAGUACAAGCACCUGGAGGUUUUCAACCAGCUAGUUUAUGCCCUCAUUAACCUGGUCAUCACCCAGAUCAGCAGCCUGAGAGACCGCCUCUGCUGCGUCCAGGGCCACACCCAUAAAGGGGGGGCAGAGGGCCGGGGCUCUGAAUGGAGCGGGGGUGAAUCGGGACCCGAACCCCUUGCGCAGGCAUCCUCAUCUGGCGAGGACGAGCCUGUAAACGUGGAGCGAGACUCUGCGGAAGAGGACGCUGACACUCCCGACCUAAACCAGAUCAAGACCCAGGGUCCGGGUCAGGGUCCGGGGGUCAACCCACAGGGUGAAGCCCUUGUGGGAGCACACGGGGCUGGGGAGAGCAGCAGUGGGUGUGGGGUUGGCACCGAGGGAGACGGCCAGGAUGUGUUCAGCUCCUGGAGCUUAGAGGAGAGAGAGAAGCUGCUGCUGUGCGCCGCCAAGAUCUUCCAGAUCCAGUUUCCUCUCUACACCGCCUACAAACACAACACACACCCCACCAUCGAGGACAUCUCUGCACAUGAAAGCAACAUCCUCGGCUCCUUCUGCGACAUGAAUGACGUGGAGGUGCCGCUGCACCUGCUGCGUUACGUGUGCUUGUUCUGCGGGAAGCACGGACUCUCCCUGAUGAAGGAAUGCUUUGAGUCGGGAACACCGGAGAGCCUCCCCUUCCCCAUCGCCCACGCCUUCAUCACCAUCGUCUCAAACAUCCGAAUAUGGCUGCACAUCCCCGCGGUCAUGCAGCACAUCAUACCUUUCCGCACCUACGUGAUCCGGUAUCUGUGUAAACUGUCGGACCAGGAACUGCGGCAGAGCGCGGCGCGUAACAUGGCCGACCUGAUGUGGAGCACUGUGAAGGAGCCGCUGGACAGCGCGCUGUGCUUCGACAAGGAGAGCCUGGACCUCGCUUUCAAAUACUUCAUGUCGCCGACGCUCACCAUGAGGCUGGCCGGUCUCAGCCAAAUCACGAAUCAGCUCCACACAUUCAAUGACGUCUGCAACAACGAGUCGCUGGUGUCCGACACAGAAACGUCCAUAGCAAAGGAACUUGCUGAUUGGUUGAUCCACAAUAAUGUGGUCGAGCACAUAUUUGGACCUAAUUUGCACAUUGAGAUCAUUAAGCAGUGCCAAGUGAUCCUGAACUUCUUGGCUGCAGAAGGCCGACUCAGCACGCAGCAUGUGGACUGUAUCUGGGCGGCAGCUCAGCUGAAACACUGUAGCCGCUACAUCCACGACCUUUUUCCUUCGCUCAUCAAAAACCUGGAUCCAGUGCCUCUACGCCACGUCCUCAACCUGGUGUCAGGUCUGCACCCCAGUGCCCACACGGAGCAGACUCUGUACUUGGCCUCCCUGCUCAUCAAAGCGCUGUGGAACAACGCACUGGCAGCAAAGGCCCAACACUCCAAACAAAGCUCCUUUGCUUCGCUGCUCAACACCAACAUUCCCAUGGGCAACAAGAAAG